UAUACCUGAAGGUAGUUCUAGCAUGAAACAACCUCCUAAACCCAACCUUAAGGAUCUUCAACUUGUACCUAUUGAUAAGAUUGUAAGAUGUUUGUUCAAAAUUAAUGAAAUCAAUGGGCUUCAACUGUGUGGGCAUUUAAUGGGAUCAACAGAUACUUCAACAGGCAUGAAAUCUUACAAACUUCAACAACAGCAAUCUAAACAAAAAAACAUUGAUGAAGUGUUUCAAAGAAUAGCUGCAAAUGAUCCUAAGCCUUUUGCUGAAGUGACUGAAUUAUUGGGAGGCAGCAAAUAUGCCAUGAUCAGUUUUAUGUAUAGUGCAAUUGCCAUAAUUGAGCAAGAACUUCUUUCAUUUAGUAAAACUUCAGAUAUGGAUUUUGAUUCUGCUGAUGAUGUUUUUGAAGACGAUGUUAUUUAUAAAGAUAAAGAUGGAGUACAAAAAGACUGUGCAUCAAAUGAAAAGCAGCAUUGA